CAAAGCAGAGCCCUGGGCUUGCUGCUGGAGCCUUUGGGCUGUGUUUCCGCAGAACUUGGUCGCGGCCCCUCCUGGUGGGAAACCAAAGCAAGAGUGGUUACUAAAGUUUGCGGAGAAUUCAGGCAGGGCACAGGAGGCAGCGCUGCUCCGCACAUCCCUUGACUGUGACCUCUGCAAUGCUGCCGGCUGCACGGAGUAAGGUGCACGCGAGCCGCGAAGUGCCCCUUUGCAGCCCAGAGCUCUCAGGAAACAUAAAAGAUAUCAUAAUACUGUAUGAGGAAGAUGCAGAAGAAUGGGCUCUUUACCUACUGGAAGUGUUCUCUCAUGUUGUGAGUAGAGAAGGGAUCCUCUUAUACAACUUAGAGAGUUUCUCACUGCAGCAUUUGGAAUUAAUGAGCUUAAAUUUUUACAAUUGUAAACUUUUGAUAUUAUCAAACAGCCUGCUCAAAGACCUAACCCCAAAGAAGUGUCAGUUUCUAGAAACGCUCCUUCAUUCACCAGAAAGUGUAGUGACUCUGCUUUGUGGAGUGAAGACUUCAGAUCAGCUCUAUCAAUUAUUAAAUAUCUCUGAAAGCAAAUGGGAGAUCUCAACCGCACAGGAGCCUGAGGACUACAUCUCUGUGAUCGAGAGUGUGCUAUUCAAAGACACUGAAGACUACCUCGAGGUAAUAACUGCAACAGACUCAGGAGUCAGCUCUACUGGGCAUAUGAGCCAGAGAAAGGAAACUGAAGACUUGCCAGAAGCUUCCAUAAGCACUGUCCCACUGGCAGUGGUGGUUCCCACUGAAAUUCCAUGUGAGAAUCCUGGUGAAAUAUUCAUUAUUUUGCGAGAUGAAGUACUUGCUGAGACUGUGGAAGUUGAAUUUUGGUCAGAUCAUAUGCGCAUUAGAACACGACCAGCCGUUUGGAAUACGAAAGUCUGGUGUUUGAGAGCAUUAGAUUUCCCUGCUGGCUUGGUCAAUGUGGAUGUCUACUGUGAUGGAAUCAUUAAAGCCACAAGAGAGAUCAAAUACUACACAACUGAAAAGGCUGCGCAGUGCACAAGCAGAGUGCCAGAUCCAAGAGCGAGUUUAUGCCAGAACGAUGUUGAGGAACUUGACGAUGCCCUUGCAUCUGUAUUCAAACAUGAGAUACCGUAUUACGAGUUCUGGCCUCUUCAAACUAAACCCUACCCUCAAGAACAAUAUACUCAUUUUGAACAACUCCCAACUCUUCUUCACUGUGCUGCAAAAUUUGGUUUAAAGAGACUGGCUAUCCAUUUGCUUCAAUGUUCAGGAGCUACGUGGGCAUCUCAGAUGAAGAAUAAGGAGGGUUCAGAUCCAGCGUGUAUUGCUGAAAGAUGUGGGCAUGAAGAACUCAAGAAAAUCUUUGAAGAGUUCGCAAUCCAAGAAAUUAAUAGAAUUAAUGAUGAAGAAAGUGACUAUGAAGAGGAUUUUAUCUCAUUUUCGAAAUGUUCUCUCACCUCAGAGAACCCUGCGUCCCAUCAUGAGAGCAGGACACAUGAGCCAAGUGCAGACGGAGCCCAGGCAAAUAGAACCACGGGGAGCAAGCAUGAGAAUGAAUCUGACGUGGAGACACAGCGCAGGCCGUCUGAGACAGGCAGUGAGAGUUCUGAGAACCAUUAUGAUGACCUGUAUGCCGUCAUCCCUGAUGUGGAGCCAGAAAAUAAUCUGCCAGUGUCACACAUGAGCGACAGACCCCCACUCCCACCACCACGCCCUCGAACUAUGACUGCUGCCUUCCAAUUGGAAAGGCCUCACUGCACGCUGCAAGCAGGAAAAAUGGAAAGUCAAAUGGAAAGAAAUCAAAAUUGGUGUGAUGCUGGUGUAAGAAAAGAAAUUGGGGCUGAAUUCAAAGAAGAAGAAGAAACGGAAGAGGAUGGACCAGGGCGGCAGGAAGAGGAAGAUCCAUAUAUCUUUGCGGAAAUUGAUGACAGCGAAUAUGACACCAUACUGGCCAAUAUGAGUAUCAAGAAAAAAUCUGGAAGUCGGUCUUUCAUUAUAAACAGACCUCCUGCCCCUACACCAAGACCCACACACAUCCCUCCAAAGGAAGAAACCACACCUUACAUAGCUCAAGUAUUUCAACAAAAGGCAGCCAGAAGACAAUCAGAUGGUGACAAGCUCCAUGGUCCUACUAAGAAACAAGACAGAGCUCGAGUGGAGAGUCCAGCAUUUUCGACCUUAAGUGGCUGCCUUGCUGCUGAACAGGAAGAACUCAUUCUCCUGCAGGAGAAAGUCAAGAAUGGAAAAAUGUCCAUGGAUGAAGCUCUGGAGAAGUUUAAACUCUGGCAGAUGGGAAAGAGCGGCCUGGAAAUGAUUCAGCAGGAAAAACUACGCCAACUACGAGAUUUAAUUGUUGGGAAAAGGCCAGAAGAUGAAAAUACCUGUGAUAAGCUCAACAUUGUACACCAUCCAAGUGGCAAUGAAGUUCUCCACAAUGAAAAAUUGCUAUAUAGCAUACCCUUCAGCAAUAAGCUUCCUGCUCGACUUCAUGUUGAAAAGGAAUUUGGUUUCUGUUGCAGAAAAGAUCAUUAGAAAGGUUAUUAUAAUGAAACAAUCAGCAGAUACUGUGCCUUCUGCAUGAAGCAAGUUUACAUUCGGAUGCUGUGCUCUCUCCAGGGCAAAUCUGUACUAUAAAAACAGAAGUGAGACUGUGAAGUUCAGAAUUUGGCACAGUCACAAGUUAUUAGCAUUGUUCCUGUUCCAGAUGGGUUUAUAAAUGUCAAAAUAGAAUGCCAAAGGAGCAGUUGUGUUAUUUGAAAAUACUUGCAUUUGUAAUGCACUUUGUCAAAAUGGAAACUGGCUGCCUCAGUGACAAAGGAAGAUGAAAGUACAGAAGUUCAAUGUUGUGUGACCAAAUUAUUUGGGGCCAUUAGAGGCACUAACCUUACUGGAUUACUCCGUAUUAAUAACAGCCAAUAUGUAAAUACAAAUUCAUUUAGCAUAUAUUUUACUUUUAAGUGAUUGAUCAGUUUUUUAGGUUUCUCACAUUCAAAGCUCUAUUUUUUGUUAUAUUUGAAAAACAGUGCCUGACUCACAUCAAUUAAAACACUUCAUUACAUUUUCCCAUCAUUAUAGAGCUCUACAUGCAUAUUCUAUAUUGAAAACUUAAUUUUGUCAGCUAAUUUUUAGAAAUAACUUACCAGCUUGGACUAGAAUGCUGUUUCAUCAUUCCAUGAUUGUAUGUACAAAUACUACAAAUAAAUUGAAUAUUUAAAACGGUGUCUUUUCAAAAUAAAUGCAUGGAAAUUAAACCACCACAUUUUUAUGCUUACCAGUAAAAAGAGGGAUUUAUUUACCAUUUUACAGAAAGGAAUUUCAUUGUAUAUAACUAAAGUAACAGAAAUAUUUUCAUUUUCUAGCUUCUAAACACUGGCAAGAAUGUCAACGGAUAUUAAAAAACACUCUAAAACGCUUCUCAUAGGAUUUUAUAGCCAUUAACAUUCUCAAAUAUGAUCAUUUUAAAAUCAUAAUUUGAUUAGUUUGUGACAGAAUAUGCUUCUGAUUUUGACAUUCGCAAAUUUAUUGCAUAGUUUUGCACCCACACACAGAGUUGUCAUUUCUGUGGGCUGUCCCAUCCAGAUAGAAAAGGAGAAAGUUGUUUUUUCUAGAACUUUCUAGAUCUACAAACCUCAAAUGAGUUUAUCAUCACUAAAGGAAGAAUUUCCAACUACAAUUUUGCAAUUGUCUUUAUUUCUACCAAGAUCCAGUGAAGUAAGUGUUUCUAACACAAAUAAAUCCAAACCCCAGACUGGAUUUAAAGUAAAAGUGGGCCUGAGUAUUGUGUCUUUGAUAGAGGUAGAGAUCAAAUAUCAAGACUGGUGACUAUCAUGCCUGAGGAUUAGGCCUAGAUGAAGGACAAAGCCAGAAGCCUCUUCAAUCACCUUUUUCCUGGCCCUUGAAAUCUUACUACAUUGUCAUCACACAGAAAAGCGAAACAAAAAAUGUAAACAUAACUGACAACUCUAGCUUCUUUGCCCUGACUCCUGUCCUUGACUGAUUAGGCUUUGCCAGAGCCAGGAAGAGGACUAGACAAUGUUGGAGGAACAGCGUCAGAGGAGUCCUCAUCCUGCCUGUUGCGUGAAGGAUGGGAGGAGGGAGAUAAAGGAAUACAAAGAGAUUACAGUAAACCAAACUUAGAAAUGAUCCUACCUGAAUCUGCUCCAUGGGGAGGUAAUACUUUUAGUCUCUAGACGAAGCCCAGAAAGCCAGUUGAAGAUCAAACAUACAUUUCAUUAUCCAUUAAAUUUGGCCACCGAAGUAAUGCCUUUUCUUAGUGGUAGAAGACAACAGGAAACAGGAGCAAAGUUAAUGGAAUGGAAAGAUCUCAUGUUUCCAUGGAGAUUUGAACAUUUUAUAGGAGCUCCUACCAUGACCCUGAAAGGAAAGCCAUCACCUGAAAAUGGGAAGGCCUGCGAGGAAUAUCUGAAGACCUUGAACUGCUGAUUUUUCCUGUCACCCCUCUACAAGUAUCACGUUUAUUCCCAAGUCACUGCUCCUUGGUUUAGUCAAAACUCUUCCCUUGAAUUUACCAGUACUGUGACUUUAGAGAUUUUUGAACUGGUAUUGAACUGCAUUAUAAAUGUUACAUCUUAAAUACUAAAUCCCUUAUUUUCUACCUAGAGAAUCCACUAUGAUAAAUAGGAAGAAAAUAUGUGAGUUUUUAACUGGGACAUUCUUCUUCCCCCUCCUCCCUGGAAAUUUGACAUCUGAAAUUAUUUUGGACUGCCUUUCCCGGGCACAUGGUCCCGAAACAGUAUAUACUAUGAAGGAUACUGAUAAACAUCUUGCAAUACCUAAGACAAGGAAGUGUCAGAAGUAUCCGAUCCAUAAUGCUAGCAUCCAAGAUUGAGAACUCUGGACUAAACUAUAAAGCAAUCCAAGAUUAAUGGUUUGAGGUUGCUCAAAUUAAAAAUUAAGCUUUGUGAUUUUGGAAAGUGGAAACACUUUUGUUUAAAGUCCAUAAGUCUUUAAAUAGUCCAUGAAAAACUCAGAAGAAUUCAGGCAUCUAAAAUGUUUUCAAAAUCAACAGUAACAGUCCUAUCACAGAAACUAAUUUUUAAGACAUUAACUUUUAGAAAAUGAAACUGCUUUCUAAUGAGAAUGACCUUUCAACUUGAGUCAUUAUUGCAUCCUAUUUGUGUGCUAAGUAUUAGCUCAUUCGACUUCCUUCUUGUUUGCUAUAAUCCUCGAGGGAGCUCAUUUUAGUAACUUUGACUUAAUUUUCUUUUUACAUUAAUUUUCAACUCAUUUUUCUAAAUGGGUAAAUAUUUAGGAAAGAGUUCUUUGUUGUGAGACUAACCUAGUGUGCCUGAGCAGGUUGGCACAGUGGUGGUAAGCAGACCUUACUUUUAGAUCUUGCUGUCUAUAACUGCUAGCUAUACCUGAAAGUCUGAUACCACAUAAAAGACAGCAAAAGGCAAAACUGUAAAAAACUAUUCUCAAAAUUUAAGGUGAUGGUGUAUAAUUUGCUCAAUAACCUCAUCCUCAAGAGGCAGAUGCUAGUACUGGGGUUGUUGACUGACACCAUACACUAGGAAAUGACCAGUGCAGCUUUGAAGCAAGAGUGACUCAACAUUUUUGAACUUGAGUCAGCUAUAUCCAAUCUGUAUGAGCCAGUUAUUUCCAUCUCCCUCACCCCUGUGACAACUUCGGUAAAAUGUGAAUAAAAAUGUUAACAUUAAGGAGUGAAUAUUGCGAUGUAGCAAAUUGCCCAUUUGAGGCAAAAACAUUGAAGUGCUGACAGAAGCCCCUUCUCUGCUGCUAAACCAAUUUCCAGUUUAUAUACACCCUGGAAGGAAACAGGUGGUGCCUCAAAGUACUUGGCCCUUUCUACCCAUGCAGAAGAACAAGAAUCUGCAUGCCUUAGUGUGAGCUGUUAUGAGUGAACCAGCUGACAGACCUUUCUAAUUUGCCUUAAAAACAGAUGAAAAUAAAAAAUAUUAAUGUUAGUUCAGAAAUAAAACACAAAGCACUAGUUUAUCAACCAUAAAGGGCUUUUGAAUAGUGAUAUGGAUUAUUUGUAGUAGUUCAUAUUAAAAACAGGUAUAAACUGGAAUGUAUAAUCCUAUUUGCCACUGAUUCCUUAGAACAUUUUAGUUCACAAUGAAUAGUCAAUGCAGGCUAUUUGCAAAGAAAUAAUUUUGUUUUAAUUGGGAAUACUGGUGGAAUAUUUGGCUGACUUGUCACCUGGCUGGCUUCUACAUACAGCCUUGCAGCAGGUGGUUCCAAAAUAAACUGACUACAAGACUUUGGAUAGCCACCUAGAUCAUUUAUGAAUAUAAGAAUACAGAAUCCAAGUGGAAACCCCAAAUGGAAAGAUUCUACAAUUGUGGUUUCUCAAGUUAUAUUUCAAAGAACUUGUGGAAGGCAUUACCCUAAAAUGAGAUACAUCGACUGACAGAAUCUGGAAAGUGCAUGUGUUUUAUUCCAUUUUAAUAGAACAUUAUAAAUAAAUGUAGUAUCAGCUAUUAAUACUUACAUAGUACAGGAAACACUGGCUUAUACUUGCUAAAUAUGUAU